AUGGAUUAUUUCGUAAAUCUAAGAAAUAAGAUAAAAAAGGCAACACCAAAUAGAGCGCAACCUACUGAUGCCGAGCAGCUGGCAAAGUUUCGUGAAUCAUGGAACUAUAUCGAAUCACAAUUUAAUACCGAGGAAAAAAAAUCCUUCCCCGAUGACGUCGACGUGAAACAGACUGACAUUCCAUUACAUCUCAAAGAAAUGGUGAACAUUCUUGUUGAUGAAGGUAUGCGACUCGAAGACGUGAACACGGGUCUUUGCAGAGAAGAAUUCCUGAAAAAUAAAAUUCUCGAAGAAUUGGUUAAACUUGCCACUAACGAUGUUCCAAAGGGUAUUUGUGGCGAAAUUAUCCGGACUAUUGGCAAUAUGAUUAAUUUAUUGGAUGAUCGGUUUUUAGUCCAUAAUGCCGUUCAUCAACCGACCGUCUCCCUUAUGAUUAAUUUAUUGGAUGAUCGGUUCUUAGUUCAUAAUACUGUUAAUCAGCCAACUGGUCCUCUUUUGCAAGAAAAAUAUGAAAAAUAUGAUGAAGAUCUUGUUGAUUUAAUGUAUAUUAUAUGUUCCAAAAUUCAUGAUUUUCCCGAACUUUUGAAUAUUUUCUUUCAUGAUACUCAAUGGCUUACGACACCACAAAAGACUUAUCCAAAAAAGGAAUCAGAAAACACUGCAAGCUUCUCAUCAAAUAGUAGUCAAGAUGGAAAUUUAGACGAUGGUUCUGCAUCUGCAAAUUGUACGAUGGAAUCAACCUCCGCAAAAACAACAGAGUUUACCAAAGAACCAGAAAAGCGUGAAUACAAAUUUUUGCUAUUUUCAUAUCUGCUUCAUUUUCUUCAUAGAGAAGGUAAAAGUGGUGAAUAUGCUAGAUGUGGUUUACUUUUUAUUAUUGAGCUCAAAGAUGAGCAAUUAGGUGAAUUUAUUCUUGAAAGUGACUUUGCACAGAUUAUGGCUGCCGGAUUGGGUGCGCUUUAUUCACAAUUACCGCGCAAAUUGAUGGUAAAAAGUUCAAGUGGUGGGUUAACUAAUGCUACCUUGUUAGGAUUCGGCGGUGAUAAUACAAGCGCUGAAUUAGAGAGACUACAUUCAAAUGGAAUUGUGAUUUCUUCUUCACGUGAAUUCAAAAAUCAACUUGAUUCAUUUUUAAAGUUACUGGAAUUUUGUCAAGACGUCUUAAAUAUAUGUCCAAAUGUGGAUAUUUCUUUGGCUUUACUUCAAAAUGUCAAAAGUAUUUUUCUUGAAAACAUCCUAUAUCCAUCAAUUCUGGAAUGUUCUGACACAGAUGGUUCCGCCGUCGCGGUCAUUUCUUACAUUGACAUUAUCAUGCAGACAUUGGAACAAGAAGAAUUAGUUGACGUAGUGGUAGGUUUUUUGAUGGAUUCUGAUGGUGACGAUGAAGACUUCUGGAAACAACCAAUUGCCAAUAAAAUUGCAAAACGUCAAAGUACAAUAAAUCUAUUCGAAGGCAUUGAUUCUAAUGCGAUCAAGUCUCCUCCUUAUUUCACAGCAAUUGGUCGAUUUACUCUCAAGGAUCUAAUAUUUUCACGUUUGCGAUCCUCAUCUCAACAAACUGUCAUUGCAACUCUAAAGCUUCUUCAUACCGUCAUCUCUAAACAUUGUCGAUAUUCUUUGAAAUUAUUGAACAUAGAAUUGGACGAGAAUGCUACAUGUUUUCCUAGACCAAAUUAUCUAUAUGAAGAUCCAUGCAACGAGACGCAUGGAUCAAGCUUUGCUCAACCAAAAUUAACAACAAUCAGUCACCAUUUGAAAGAACUUGACCUUUUCUUCUCCUUGAUAACUGCAAUUGAUCCAACACCGCAAAACAUGGAAAUUUUUACGAAUGGAUAUGACUCCUAUGUUCGUGAUGCAGAAAUGAUUAUAGAAGCGGAUGCGUGUUAUUUCAAUGGUCUGGAUGUAGAAUGGACGGAAGAUGGCCCUACUAGACCAAAUUCAAAGAAAUCUUGUAGACAACGAUUUUUGACUUACAGUCAAAGCAAAAAUGGCAAGAAGGGAGCAUCCAAAGGCAUGUCGGCAGUUCCUAAGCAUCGUUUAAGCCCGACGGAUCGUUUAAAUCCGGGUGAUUCGCUCUUACAAAUUCUCGUUGGAACUUUACGGAAUUUCUUUGCUCAUUCACCAGAGUUAAACUUAGUUCUUACUGGAGUUCUUUCUGCCUUGGCUAUUUGUCCUUAUAGAUCGUUAGAAGGUUGGCUUGUAUUUAGCGGUACUGAUAGAUUAGAUAGUCGACGAGAAUCUCAUUUGGGAGAUUUAGAAACUAUUGAUACUACUCCGAAAUGGACUAAUUAUCCUCCAUUUUUCACUAUCUUUAAAACAUUAACUCAGGAAGUCAAUUCCUACCGCAGCGAAAUCGAAGGGUUUGAUCAAUUUCUUAAAGAAAGGAGGGGUGGCCUGUUGGAUGCGGAUGAUGAAAUUGAUGAAAAUUUCUUCAAGCAGCCUUACGUUCCCUCACGUACGCCUACUAGAAGAAGCAGUACUUCUAAUCAUUCAGGCUCUGGUAUUUCGACUAAUACGAAAAAUAGAAAAAUGACAGGACAUAGAACACCAAAAAGAGCCGAAUCAAAUUCUAAUUUGAAUUCACAGAUUGGUGCAUCAUUAACUUUCAGAUCUUCUCCUAUUACAUCUUCCAACAUUACCACUCCGCAGAAGGAAUCAAAACCUAAGGAAAUCACGUUGAGUACGCUUCUUAACAAUGUUGUUAUUCUAGAGGAAGCUAUUAAAGAGUUGGUUGCUAUAGUACAA